GAUGGAGGAUGAGAACAGGGUGUGACUGCAAACACAACAGGGCAUUUUAAGGGCAUGAGGGGAAGGUCAAAUGAUAUAGUGAUGGUGAAGGGGAUAAAUUUACUAAAAAUUAAUAGCAGGUGACAUCACAUCACAUAACAUGGGUGAAUUUUAUGACAUGCAAUUUAUAGUUCACUGUAGUUAUUUUUAAAUGACAUUUAUACAUUGUUAGUGAUAGGAUUGUUAUGAAUAAAUGAUUGGAAUCAAUUUCAAAUGUCCACCAAUAGAUACCUGGUUAACUGACUUGUGGUGUAUCUAGAUGGUGUAGCUGUAUAAAAAAGUUCUUCAUACACUGGUGUGAGAUAAUUGUUAAGUUUUGCUACAGGAAAGUGCCAGAUAUAUAGGUUGAUACCAUUUGUGUAAAGCAACAGGAGAAAUAGGAGCAAUAUGUAUUCCUAGGUUACCUCCGGGAAGAUGAAUAAAACAUUAGUUUGUCUCCAGGGCAGCAACCGGGUGGCUGAGACUGGAGGGAGAGGGGAACUUCUGACUACAUGUUUCAACCAUGUGAGUUAUUACCUAUGCAAAAACUCAAUACAGAUUAAAAUUGAAAAAUAAUUCUCAAACAUGGGUUAUUUGAGCUUUUAAUUUUUUACAACCUCCCCCAGUAGGUGGCGCUCCGGAGCCACCACACUGUUCUUGUUCCCUCCUCCCCACCCCCAUGUUGAGGAUGGAACCCAUGGUGUCACAUAGGCUAGUGAAGCCCUUCCAGAUACUUGUGGAGGAAAAUGAGGACAAAGUGUUCGUGGGUUGCAAUACCAGUGUCAUAUGGCUAGAUGGAACAGAAGGGACAGAGAGAGCAAACUAUACCCGUCUGGACUUGGGAAAACGCCUCCUGGAUCCACGAGGAUUAUAUAAGUGCAUGGGAACAGAUGCCAAUGCCAACAAGGAGUCUAUGGUGCAAGUAUAUUAUCGAAUGUGCCAGAGCUGUGUAGAGCUGGACUCUGCCACCCUUGCUGGCAUCGUCAUCACUGACAUCAUCGCCACUCUGCUCCUUGCUUUGGGAGUCUAUUGCUUCGCAGGACACGAGACGGGAAGGCUCUCUGAGGCUGCUGACACUCAAGCUCUAUUGAAGAAUGACCAGCUUUAUCAGCCCCUCCGGGAUCAUGAGGAUGCUCAGUACAGCCGUCUUGGAGAAAAGUGGCAUCGGAGCAAGUGAUCUCAAGGCCUGUGGCUUCUAGAAGCACAUUCUGAACUGUGCCAGCCCUCCCUGCUUGGCCAAUAAAGAUGUUCUCUUUGUUUCA